CACUUGAACCUAAAAAAGAAAAGUCCACCGUGCAACGAAUAACACUUAUAUUAACGCAACAUUUACAAAGAUAAAAUCGCGACCAACAAGGAACGGGCAGCGAAAACGCGAGGAAGCUUCACGGAAAUAUGGCUGAAGUCGAAGAGACGCUGAAAAGGAUUCAGGCACACAAAGGUGUUAUUGGGACAAUAGUUGUAAAUGCCGAAGGAAUUCCCAUUAGGACGACCCUGGACAGUUCCACCACGGUGCAAUAUGCAGGACUACUUCAUCAACUCACCAUGAAAGCCAGGAGCACGGUCAGGGACAUAGAUCCUCAAAAUGAUCUGACCUUCCUACGCAUCAGGUCCAAGAAGCAUGAGAUCAUGGUUGCACCAGACAAAGAAUAUCUACUGAUUGUCAUUCAGAACCCAAGUGAAUAGUAUUCCAGAUUUUGAUUCUAUUUGCGUCUAUGGUCUCCUGCAAAACCACACUCCAGUUUAGCCACUGUGCUGCACCUCUGUUGUCCCCCGUACCACUCCUAGAGCCUGCCUCUGGACUGCAUAACCUAUAUUACACAUUAUAUUAAAUAUUAGCCAUGGGCCUCGCUUCCGCAGAUGUAUAUUCUAUUAUGUGAUAUUCAUAGAAAUAAUUUAUAAUUAUUGUGUAGCUCUCAAGUCUUGUGUUCUGUAUUAUGUCAUUGUACCUCACGCAGUGAUGGAUGCUGUCCUGCUAAAAGGGUUUAAUGCACACCUGAAGUAUAUGUAUGAUUUCUCCUUUAUUAAUGAGGUGGUCUAUAGUAGAGAUCCAACUCUUGUAUUUACUCUGACAGACCUCUGCACAGGCCAAUUCAUGGACCGAUGGCAGAUUAAUAAAUUAAAUGGCUGCUAUAAUUUGA